CCGUCAAAAAGUCUCGUUCGCGUUGUAGUCGACACCAGACACAGUACUGACAAAGGACGCAGACAUCAGAACGGAGAAACGGAUUUAUUACGCUCCGAUUAUCCGGUGUUUUCUAUUAUUCAUGUGUGUGUGUGUGCUCUUCAAACAACGUGGAGCUCUCUAUAGCGAACUGUCCGUCAACUGACAUCAAUGAAGGAGAGAAUAUCUAGUCAGAAAGUAUCUGUUCAGUCCGGGAUGGAUCCUAGUCAGAUUGUGAAGUGUAAAAUAGUUGUGGUCGGGGACAGUCAAUGUGGGAAGACUGCUCUACUACACGUUUUUGCAAAGGAUAUCUUCCCAGAGAGUUACAUGCCCACAGUGUUCGAGAAUUACACGGCCAGUUUUGAAAUAGACACGAAAAGAAUAGAGCUCAGCCUAUGGGACACGUCAGGGUCUCCAUACUACGACAACGUGAGGCCUCUCUCCUACCCAGACUCAGACGCUGUCCUUAUCUGUUUUGACGUCAGCCGUCCUGACACACUCGACAGCGUAAUAAAGAAGUGGAAAGGGGAGAUCCAGGAGUUCUGUCCCAACACCAAGAUGCUCCUGGUGGGCUGCAAAUCGGACCUGCGCACCGACCUCUCCACGCUGGUGGAGCUGUCCAAUCACAGACAGAUGCCUGUGUCAUAUGAUCAGGGUUCCAACAUGGCCAAACAGAUCUCAGCCCCCUACAUCGAGUGCUCAGCCCAGCAGUCAGAGAACAGCGUCAGGGACAUUUUCCACGUGGCCACCUUGGCCUGCGUCAACAAGAACAACAAGAAUGUCAAACGCAACAAAUCUACCAGAGGCAACAAAAGGAUCUCGCACAUGCCCACUAGGCCCGACCUCGCGGCGGUAGCGUCAGACCUGCGGAAGGACAAAGCAAAGAGUUGCUGUGUUAUGUGACCUGGUGGGCAGGGUCACGACCCUCGGGAGUGGGUUUGCAGGCUGGGAUUGAAGCAUGCAGUGAGGACAGGGGUUAAAGGUCAGAGCAUAGUGCAUUUUGGAACAUUAGAGGGUGAGGCCCUUCCUGCACUUUAAAGCCCUUGGCCUGCUGUCCUGGGGUGGAGUUUUGUAUAUGCAUCAUACAAUGUAAAUGUAGAUGAAAUCCACCGUAUCAAUGACAACACAAUAGUCUUUCAGUGUAGCCUGUCUGUCUACCAUCCAUCUCCCUUACAUAUCUUUUACCAGAAGAGGAAGCUAUCUCUGCUUUGGGCCAAUUAGCUGCCUUCCUUCCGGCGGCUUCCCGGGAGGUAGUAACACUGUUUCCUCUUAGAGCUGGACGAGGAAGUGGUCAUGGCCUUUCACAGGAAAUUACCAUUUCCACAGGAAGUGGUGUCACGUAGGAAAAGUUGAACGAGUCCCUGACGUUUUUCUAAGGACUUCGGAAAGGAUGUCCACGCUGUACAUGAUGAUUGGCUCACCCCCGUCUGUACAGCUGACUCCAUCACCAUGAGAGACUGCAGCGGUGCACUCUGGAACGCUGAAGACGAGCGGCCAUCUUGCACUGGAUCAAAGACCUGGAAGUGACAUGACACUGCGCACGCAGCACAUCACUAUGGUUUCCAUCAGCUUGUUUGUUUCUCUUCCCCCUUCUUGUGGUUGCAAGUCAAGUGUUUCCUGACCUAAUAGUCCCGUUGUUCCAGUCAUGUCUUUCCUGUAUUUUGUAGAAUUUACUGUAAGCCCAUAUCAUUUAAACCAAUGACCGUUGACUUCCUAGGACUUCUGAUCUGUUUGGCGUAAUGAUAGACAGGGUAUUGUGAUGCUGAACAGUUUAUGGACAUGUCCUUUCAGCUAUGCAACACCUUCUGCUCUCAGCAAGGGAGGGGAAUGAAAUAAAUAAACAAAUGAAGCAUGACUUUG